AUGCUUUUCAGCACCGGCCUGCCGCGCUGCUUCGCGUCUCUCGCGGUAGCUUCGGCCUCCAGCUUUAUGCAGUCUCACCCGACGACGGAGACGGCGCUUCACACAGGGGACAAGCUGACACUAUGGAUCGAUGACACAGCGCCGGCGGCGAGGGCGCUCGAGGAGCACAUUCAGAGUGCGGCUUACAAGGAGCUGCACCGCCCAGCUCUGACCACGUCGGCAAUGGGGCUCUUCGGCGGAGAGCCUGGCUUUGAGAAGGCCCACCGCGUGUGGGUGGACCCGGACCGGCCGCACAUGAAGCACAUGUACAAUCAAACACCGCUGGCAAAGAACCUGCGCUAUACACGGUACGGCUAUUUCAAGAGAGACAUGCAUCUGCUAGACAUUGAUAAGCUGGUGCGGCAUGCGCGCAUGCUGCCGACACCGAACCGGCUACUGACUGACUUCCUGUACCAGCGCGUGCCGCUGCCGGACAAGAGCUGCGCGGCGAUUCUGCGCUAUCAGAGGGACCAGCUGACGCUUGUGGCGGAUUGGCAGCGCGUGGCGAGCUUCCAAUGUGCGGAGGAGAUCUUUGAGCGGAUGGUGGUAACGAACAUUCCGCCGGUCGACGUCGGGCCCGAGACACACGCGGAGAUGAUCCGCUGCUGCGCGGUGUGCGGGGAGUGGGAAAAGGGCUGGGAUGUGUACCUGCAGCGUGCGCGGGAGAUGGAGGCGGACGCCUCCGGCGACGCGGCCGACGCGUUCACGCUUACCACGUACCUGUACGACGCAGUCUUGGAGCUGUGUGUGGCGUGCCAGAAGCCGUCGCACGGCAUGGCCAUCAUGGCGGAGGUCAUUCAACGGCAUCUGCGGCCGCGUCCCUCAAUGUUGGCCAAGACGAUGAUACUAGUGUCGAUGGCUGCCGAGGAACUGCAGAAGACGCCCGCUGCGUCCAGUGCGUUUACAUCCGGCGAGACGACUGAAGCGGCAUCAACAUCGAGCGCAUCACCGGAUGCUCUGGGUGGAGUGAGCGGAGUACCGGCUACAUGGGAGGCCUACACAGCUCGCGGCCUCGAUACGUGGUCGCUCUAUGACUUCUACUCGCUGAAGCGCAGCAGCGAGUGCGUGGAAGCCUACAUGCGCAUGUGCAGUAUGCUGAACAUGCCAACCCUCGUUCUCGAGGCACUCAGCUUCGCUGACGGCGCACAAAUUUGUGUCUCGCUGGAGUGCUAUCAAUGGGCGCUUUACUCCAUCCGCCACGUCCCUGGUAUGGGGGACUACAUCGUCGAUGUACUUGGCCAGUUGUCGCAGCGUGGCCUGACCGCAGACUACCUCCUCUUCACCAUGGCGUUUUUGGACUGUGCCACGCAGGCGGAUGGUGAGCUGGCACUGACGGUUUACGAGCAGUUCUUUCUGCAUAGCGACAUCAAUCCCACCCCAGAGAUGGCGUUGCUUUUCUUGCAGGCCUGCACAACAUGCGACAAGCCGACAGUUCAGAUGUACGCCAGCUGCGAGGCGAUGAUGCAGCGACUCGAGGCGGUAGGGAGCAUCGUCGACAAUAUCCUGCCCAUGUACGACCAGUGCAUCGAGCUGGCGGCGCACGUUGGUGCGGUGAGCAGCGCCUACGGCAAAGUGAAGAAGCUUGUCAGCUAUGGCAAGCCGCUUACGACGCGCAUUCUCAACUCGCUGCUGCUCGCCAACGCACAGGCGGCGGAAGGUUCGCUGAGCAUGACCUCCGACGUUAUUCGGCUGUACUCCUUGUUGGGCAUCCCCUUCAACGAUGAUACGCUGACGUGUCUGCGCAUGUGCCAGGAUGUGCACGGCACCUCGGCUGAGGUGGCCUCGUUUGCUGCCGCCAUCGAAGCUGCGCAAGCCGCCGCGCCGUCUGGAACGCUCGGUGAAGACGCCGAGACGACGGUUGUCGACACGCCGCCGCACCGUCUGCGUCAGCUGAAGACGAAAUGGCACCUGCGACCGCGUGACACGGUAUUGCGUCGCUUCGGCCAGCACACCAAGCCGAUGGGUCGUGAGGAUGUGGGCAGCAUGCUGGGCAGCGUCAUUCCCUUUGGCCGGUCACCAGGCGAGCGAGCGGUCUAG